CUGGUUGGACAGUUGCGGUCACAGCAUCGUGUAACAUGCAGCGAAGCUAACGGGAGGUUUCCUAGACUCAUUAAUACUGAAGCGAGCUGAAGCGAGCCAAGCCGUGUCUGAUCCAACAGCAGCAGGAUGAACAGCGCAGCUCUGUAUCCCCCUCUCAACGCACCCCCCGCCAACAUGUUCAACAACGUGCCCGGUUAUGAGGGCACCAUGGCAGGAGGAGGUGGUUUUCUUCCCCCUCCCAUGCCCCUGGAGCCUGUGGCCCCUCCUCAACCCGGCCCUGUACCUGACAACUGGUGCAUCCCGUCUCUGGCUGAGGAUGUGGCUCGCGAGGCGUUCAAGAGCUAUGCAUCGUCUCAUUGCUGCUACAGUGAAUCUCCGGCCACCGAUGGAGUCAUCACCAGCAUGGAGCCAUUCAACACCUACAGGUACCGGCUGGAGACAUAUACUGAGUCCAGGUCAACUGAGUGGGCCCAGAAACCUCACGAAGGUGAGGCAGCUGACUUCUACACUCAGACCGCCCCCCAGCCCUGGGAGGUGCCGGUCACGGCCCCCAGCCUCUUCACCGAUCACAAGCAGGAGAUUCGGGUGCCCUUCACCUCUUCCAUCAAGGACUGCAACAUCUGCCACAGCUCGGGGACCAUGCCGUGUGAGGAGUGCGAUGGAAAAGGACAUAAAGAGUGCUGGGCGUGUCAUGGCAAUGAUGAGACGUGCUCUACCUGUAAGAGUACUGGCCAAGAGAGUUGUAAAAAGUGUGAUGGUAACGGCACACAGAACUGCAAAACCUGUAAUGGAAAACGACAACUGCUGACUUUCAUCCAGCUCAAGGUGGAGUGGACUAAUCAUGUAGAGGACCAUUUGGUGGAGCAGAACAUUGGUCUGAAGGUCGAUGAUCUGAGCUCAGUUAGCGGGAAGGAGCUGUUCAAGAACAACCAGUACCUGCUCUACCCACUGCUUGGGUUCCCAAACCCGGCCAUCUCCGAGGCCUCCGAUCGCCUGCUCAAAGAUCACCAGGCCAAGUACGCCCAGACCUCCAGGAUCCUGCAGCAGAGGCAGACGGUCGAGCUGAUCCCCAUCACCCAGGUGAACUAUAAGUGGAAGGGCGACUCUCACGUCUACAUCGUCUACGGCAACGAGCACCAAGUCAGCGCCGACAACUACCCAGCGACCUGCUGCUGUGUCAUCAUGUAGACACACAUACGCACACAUACGCACACACACACACACAUACGCACACACAUAUAGAGCUGAACUUAGCUGUUUAUUCUCCAUAUUGUUUCUUUAUUUCAUAUCAGCCUCUCCCUCCACGACACAACACAACAUGAUGUUUCCAGAUCAUCAGAGUCACUGUCGGAGCUCAGGUCAAACAUGUUAAUCCUGGGUUCACACAGUACACACACACACACACACACACACACACACACACACACACACACACACACACACACACACACACACACACACACACACACACACACACACACACACACUGUUUACUGUGACGUCCUGUAAAGAAUGAAUCUGCUAAAAUCAGUCCUCACUAACAUAAGGAUCCCGGAGGGGCUGGAUUUCUCUUUAUGUUUUUGUUUCCUGAACUUUCUGCUCAGCUCUGACACUCCGCCUCUUACUCCUGUUUUGACAUGAGUACAUUUAUUAUUCUUUUGCAUCAAGGUCUGAACUUCUGGUAUCCAAAAUCAAGAUUUUGAAAACACAGAUUAAGGUAUUUUUCUGUUUACAGUUUACUUCAAACAGGUGCCAUUUAAUGUCCUCGGUAUUUAAAGGAAACAAAAAAUGAAUGUGAGUUUUAAGGAAAGGAACAAAAAGUGAAAUGUGAGGUGAAGCAGCAAAGAAAAAAAAUAUAUAUUUAGUUUGAAUCUGACAGAGGUGAAUAUAUUAUGUGGUAUUUUAUUUGGGGGAGGUGAAUUGAAUUACGACAGAAUCUGGUUCACCUGGUUUCUACUUGUAUUUUCCUUCUGUGCGUUAAUGUUUCAUGAAUGAAGAAACCACUUCAAUGUUUAAACUGUGGAGGAUCCAUCACCAACAAAUCAGACAUUUCUGACUCCAGAAAUAAAGUUUCAGUUUUUCUAGAGGACUGGUCAUUCCAGAAAGGGUCAGAGUAAAAUUAAAUUCCUUGAAUUUGUCUGCGUGAAUAUUUGAUACCUGUUGGUGACCCACCAUAGGUUGGAGCUAACUGCUAACUAGCCGGUUCACAAACGUCAUCAUUAGAUUCUCUGAGAUAUAAACCAGCGAUAAUCAGAAAACCAAGAAUGAGGUUGCUAUUGGUUGACAUCAAAAUCGGGUGUGUCCGAGUUUACCAAAGUUGAAUUUGUCCUGAAAAGUGGGUGAAUUAACUUGCCUGGUUGAGUGAGUCUUUUUUCACGUUUACAGUUUACAGCGUAGUAACUGAUUUGCCUUUCCUCUGGACAGACUGAAUGACAUUAUUACCACUUUAUCCUUUACUUCUAGUAUAGAAAUAUAUCUAUAUCUAUAUCUAUCUAAUUCUGUCUUGUGUUCAUCGUAUUCAGUUGCGUAUUGAUGACAAACAAAAAUCACCCAAGUGUUGAAACUGUAUUGAAGAAUGUUUUUUUUUUUUAAUCACAGCGUCAAUGUGUUUACAAUAACCCUCCAUUUUAAACUUUAGUUAUUGCAAAAGCUCCAUCAAUGCCCUCUGUUUGCUUUUCUCUCACUUUACCUCUCAGCCAAGCAGUUGGCAGUCAGGAUAAAAGGAAGGAAGGAAGGAAGAGGGAAUAAUGGCCGGUGUGGUCUUGAGAGCAAUAGUGAAUGAAUCAUUUGCGUUCUAACAGUAGGUUAAUAAAUUAAAAACCACUGAAUUCCAUUUGGAGCCUGAAACAGAUCAUUUGCAAGUCAGAGAGUCUAGAAGCAAGUGGACAAAACUGAACAGCAGCUAAUCGAAACCACUAAAACCACAACGCAGCAUAAAACCAGAGCAAUGUCUGGAGCCAAUGUUGAAUAUUUGCGCUUCUGUUGGUUUGUCCUUGUUGCGAGGGAAGAAACAUUGGAAGUUGUGUUGUUUCUUCUGUCAGAACAAAAAUGUUGAUACCAAUUAUACCAUGAUUUUAUAAUGAUGUUUUGAAUUUGAAGCAACAACGUGACUUUUUCAUCGUUUCUCCUCCUCCCUUCUUCACAUUUUAUUUAGGAAUUGAGUUGAGUCAUCAGCAAAGCAGAGAAUCCAAUAAUCCUAUCUAAAAAUUGAGUGACAGGAACAGAGGAGGCUUCUUUCCACUCUUUUUCAACCAAGGCUCAUUGGUUUAUUGCAAACGAAAUGGACAGGCACAUGUCCACAACCUCCCCGUCUCCAUAGCAACUGGUGCAAAUAAUUCAGGCGUUUGCUGAAAAAUGCCUUAUAUCUUAAUGGAGGAGUAACUUGUGUCAUGGUUAUAUCCAACUUUGGCUCUACAGCUGCUCAGUUUGUCUCCGUCUGACUUUUAGGUGAUAACAGUUCACUUCAGGCUACCUGUCCUUUGAAACUGCUCUCCUGCAGUACAACAGAACCCCUGUAGAGGGCACUCUUUGCCUGAAUCAGGUGUAAACAGACUCUUCUGCCCCCUUCUGGCGGCCAUCUGUACAACCGGGUUAUCUGUGACAAAUGACCAAUUGGUAUUAUGCUCAGGUGUUGGGUCUUUUUUUUUUAUCCCAGUGUAACACAUGUUAUCAGUCGACUCUUUAAUGUUGUAGCUUUCGUAAACAAUAUAAACAUAAUGUUAACGCGACUUUGGCUUUUAUCAUCUCUAACUGCAAUCUACAUGCCUUAACUCAGUACUGUUACUAACAAGCCUCUCUACUUCUACCUCUAUACUGUCAUGUUAUUACUGUAGUAGAUCAUCAAUUGUAUGCUACUCUAGAAAAUAAACUGUUGAGCUUCA